CCUUUCCUUUCCUGGGCCGUGCCGGGCCUGGCUGCGGCUUGACUUCCGCUUCCCUCCGCCAUUCGGUGGCGGUUUACCCUGUGUGUUCGUGUCGGUCUGUCCGUUCGCAGGAAUCUGGAGCAGCUCAGCCCAAGCUGCCGGAGCGUCGGCCCUACACACCGGGGUUUCAUAAUCUGACGUUAUGUCAAACAACGGGGAGUUGGAAGACAAACCACCUGCACCCCCAGUACGUGUGAGCAGCACCAGUUUCUGUAUGACCAGUAAGGACACUCUGUUGACCAACCAUAAUGCAAAGCCACUCCCAUCUGUGCCUGAAGAGAAACAGAAGCGGACAAAGCUGAAGUCCAUCUUCUCAAAUGCUGGAGAGAAAGGGAAUAAGAAGAGAGAAAAAGAACGGCCAGAAAUAUCCCCUCCGUCAGACUUUGAGCAUACAAUCCAUGUUGGGUUUGAUGCUGUUACAGGCGAAUUCACGGGGAUGCCCGAGCAGUGGGCUCGGUUAUUGCAGACUUCCAACAUCACCAAACUGGAACAGAAGAAAAAUCCUCAGGCUGUACUAGAUGUGCUGAAGUUCUAUGAUUCCAAAGCUGCAGUGAAACAGAAAUAUCUGAGUUUCUCAGACCAACAAGAUGGUUUUCCUGCUGGUACACAAAAGCGCAGUUCAAAAGGCACAGAACCUUCAAACGUACCAACUGUUCCGGAGGAGGAUGACGAUGAUGAUGAUGAGGCUCUCCCUCCAGCUAUUGCCCCAAGGCCAGAGUGCACCAAAUCCGUUUAUACACGUUCGGUGAUAGAUCCAAUCCCCCCUGCUGCCAGCAAGGAACCAGGUGGUGAUGGCACUAAGGAAUCCGAGAAAGCAAAAAAGAAAACUAAGAUGACAGAUGAUGAGAUUAUGGAAAAAUUGAGAAGUAUUGUGAGUGUUGGAGAUCCAAAGAAGAAAUACACCAGAUUUGAGAAAAUUGGACAGGGUGCCUCUGGGACUGUAUUCACCGCUAUUGAUGUGGCCACAGGACAGGAGGUGGCAAUCAAACAGAUCAACCUGCAGAAACAACCAAAGAAAGAGCUCAUCAUCAAUGAGAUCUUGGUGAUGAAAGAGCUGAAGAAUAGCAACAUUGUCAAUUUCCUCGACAGCUACCUGGUGGGAGAUGAGUUGUGUGUUGUCAUGGAAUAUCUGGCUGGAGGUUCUCUGACCGAUGUUGUUACAGAAACCUGUAUGGAUGAGGCACAGAUUGCUGCUGUAUGCAGGGAGUGCCUACAAGCAUUGGAGUUCCUUCAUGCGAACCAGGUCAUUCAUCGAGACAUCAAGAGUGAUAACGUGCUGCUGGGAAUGGAUGGAUCUGUGAAACUCACCGACUUUGGCUUCUGUGCCCAGAUUACACCAGAGCAGAGCAAACGCAGCACCAUGGUAGGGACGCCUUACUGGAUGGCACCAGAGGUGGUGACGAGGAAAGCUUAUGGUCCCAAAGUUGAUAUCUGGUCGCUGGGAAUCAUGGCAAUUGAAAUGGUGGAAGGAGAACCCCCGUAUCUAAAUGAGAAUCCACUGAGGGCCUUGUACCUCAUCGCCACUAAUGGGACUCCAGAGCUUCAGAAUCCAGAGAAGCUCUCUGGAAUCUUCCGUGAUUUUCUGAACCGCUGCUUGGAGAUGGAUGUAGAGAAACGGGGCUCUGGGAAGGAACUACUGCAGCAUCCAUUCCUGAAGCUGGCUAAGCCCUUAUCCAGUUUGACGCCGCUGAUUUUGGCUGCCAAAGACGCGAUGAAAAGCAAUCGCUAGCUCUCCUCAAUGACUCCCUUCUGCCCCAGAGAUUCGGAAUCAAGUAUUAUGGUCUGCAACAAAAUGCCAGAGCAGCUGGCAGGCCCCACUUGGGCAUUACACGUGCCUACCACCAGCUAACCCACACAAGCAAGGUCGAUGCUGCUUUUAUAUUUCCAAACAAAAAGUGGUCCCUCUUCCUUCCCUCUAUGUUUCAAUACUUGAAUUGCAGAUUGAAAGACAGAUUAGCUGCCGCUUCUGUGGAAUUUGGACUUCUCCCAGCAUGCAGUUCGCUCUGCCAGUUGCUUGUCUUCUAAGGACAUUACGUACUGUAUUGGGUGAGCGGGGCUUUGGGAUGUUCUGCUUAAUGCCUUUUUAUGUAUAUUAUGCAUCUUAGUGGUGAUUUGCAUUAGAGUUCAGGAGAGAAGCUGUGUAGCUGUCUUUUAUAAAAGAAAAGUUUUUAUUGUUUGUACUAACUUUCUGGAGUUCUGACUAGUCACCAGCACUGACUGUCGGGACCAAGUACCAGCUUCCUCCAUGCUUGUGAUCAGUGUGAUGAAAUUAUUUUGAUGUUAGUCACAAAAUGCCUUGAUGAUUGGUGUGCACACUCAAAAGAGAGCUGUAGGAGUUAAAAUUUUCUGUGGCUGUAAUUGGGCAAAUGUCGAUGGAUUCAAACUAGCAAUAAGAUGCUUGGCCCAAGUUAUCCUAAUACUGUUUUUGCAGUGGGACCUUCUCUGCAUUGUUGCCAGAUUCCCCUCAUCUUCAUAUUGCAGCCACAACAAUGCAUUAAAUUAUCUUAAUGUUGGGUGCAUUCAUUGAUGCUACACUGACUCCUAAGGCUUCUGCUGAUGGAAUGAGUUGAAUGUUUAGUAUUAGAACAGGUUAAUCAGAAUCUUCAAGCAGUAUUCCCAUCUGAUGUACACAGGUGCUACAUUGUGAUGGCACAGACCCAAAUGCCCCAUAGUCUUAUUUAUUUUCAUUUAAAAGAAAAUUGUUUUGAUUUAUUUUCACUGUUGUUUAAAAACUGCGAUGUGUUUACAGUAACAGUGGUUAAUGCGUCAGGUUUCUGUAGAAAGCGACCUCUGCAUUUUCAGUCUUUUGCUCUGCACCAGCAGUGUGCAGCCCCAGAGAGUGAUGAGUGCAGUAACUGCAUCCAGAGAACUCCUGAUGUUCAUACACUUCUCAUUCUACACUGUAUCCUCUGCAGAUAACCCCUUCCUGUGUGCAUCUUAUAGCUUUGUUACUGCACUGCACCCAACCUCCAUGGAUACACUGUGAAAAAAAAUGCAUCAUUGCAUUGCAAACUUACCACUGUGCAUCACUGCACAACAAAAACAUUGCAUCAAGCCGCACUCCAUGCAGCACACUGCACAUUUCAUAUGGUCCCACACAAUGUACAACAUCAUACAUUGUCUAUAAGCAAAACAAUCGUUGGGAAUGUGAGAUAGGACACAUGGAGAGAUGGUAGUGGAGAGCAGAGUUCUCAUAUCCUCACUGUUUGUGGAAGUAGUUACAAUGAGAUGUAGUCUCCAGGGAAGGGAUGGGCCAAUUCAGAUAACUCGGGCUGUCCUGCUACCCUGGCCUGUACAGUACCACAAGGCAGUGAUGCCAAAGUUCAACCAUUCAACACACUGUGACUGUGGCAAACUAUCCAAUGGAUAAUACUCCACACACCUCACUGGUGGUUCUGAUAAGAGUGUUGGUGAAUUCUGUGGCUAAAUUACUGCAGUAUUAAAGGAGAAUCUAUAACAAAGAGAUGAACACAUCUAUUAAAGUGCCUAACAGUAGAGUCUGAUUUUACUGGGAAUUUGGGGUUUUGGACUCUUUUCUAAUUAAUACUAAAAAAAAUAAAAUUUUUAGAUAACACAA